AUUAGAAUUUAAAACAUGGAUUUCAUGAUUGAUACCAAACCGAAUCCAUUUCUAAGUAAUGACUUAGAAGCACUAUGCAUUGUGUGCAAUCAAGAACUUGAUAAGUGUAAAAGUGCAUCUGUUCAAGAUGAUUUACCAAAUGCUGAAAAAUCAACCAUACUAUUUGAAGCUCUGAAGGUGUUAUCAGAUUUUGCAGAGUUGAAUAUUGACACAAAAGCACUGAGAAUAUGUGUGACUUGUUUCUGCAAAGCUGAAUUUGCUUGGUCUUUUCAUCUACUUUGUAACAAAUCAGUUGAAAACAUCAAAGCAUAUAUAAAUCAACAAGAAAGGCAGAAGAAUGAUGAAGAUAUCAAUAAUAUUAAGGAGAAGGAGAAAGAAUCUCAACAAAAUGACAACAGUGAUACACUUUUGGAUGGCUUAGGGCAUGCAAGAGUGAAAAUUGAAGCUAGUUCUGAAACAAACAGAAAAUUAAAUGAGAAAGAGCAUGUAGAUGAUUUAAAUAUUGAUGCUAAUCAAAUUUUAGAUGAUAAAGAUGCUAUGAAGUUAAAUAAGUUGAAAAGUGCAAGAAGAAGGAAAGGUUUAAGAGUUGAGUGUCCACAUUGUCAUAAAAUGUACAGAAGAGACUACUUACGGUUUCAUAUUCGGACACACACCGGAGAAAUGCCAUACAAAUGCAACUUUUGUGAUAAAAGAUUUUCGAAUCCAACUGGUUGUUCUACUCAUAUGCUAACGCACAAUGACAAUCGUCCAUUUUUAUGCACAUUUUGUGGCAAUAGGUUUCGUUUGCGAACGGAUUUGACUAAGCAUGUCCGGAUGCAUACUGAUGAACGACCAUAUACAUGCGAAAUUUGUGGGAAUGCUUUCCGUACGAGUCAAACACGAAAGCAUCACAUAGCGAUGACACACUCUGAAGAGAAAUUGUUUUCUUGUAAGUGGUGUCCGAAGAGCUUCAAGCUCAAUAAACAAUUGAUGCAACAUCAAGUUGUGCAUGCGAAAGUUAAACCGAUUCAGUGUACUUUUUGUGGAAAGAGAUUCACGCAGAAACAUGUUCUUAAAACGCAUCAAGCAAAAAGUUGUCAGGGUAUAAAUCCUGAACGUUUGUUUGGAUUUCCUAAAGACGUAAACAAACCAGUGUUACUCUUUGUAACAAUGAAUUCUACAUGUAUCGCUGUAAAACAAAAUCCAUUUUUACAAUACAAACCAGAAUCAGUGUGUAUUGUAUGUAAUAAAGACGUGAGCAACAACGAAAGUAAAUCCAUCCAAGAAGCUUUACCUCAAGUGGAACCACCAACAACAAUACUAGAAGCUUUAAAAUCCUUAUCAAAUUUUCAACAAUUGAAUAUUGAAAAUGAACAACUUAGUAUAUGCAAUUCAUGUUUACUUAACACAUCACUGGCAAGAUGGUUCCAAAUACUCUGUAAUAAAUCCGCAGAGAAUUUUAAAGCAUAUCUUGGCACUCAAAGUGAUCAUAAAUGUAUCAAUACUCAUAUACCUGCAGUAACAGAGUCUAAAGAACAAAACAUCACAGAGUUUAAUAAAAAUGUAAAUAAAGAAGAAGAAGAAUGUCUCAAUUUUAUGAACUCUGAGGUAAAAUCAGAGGAAAUAGUUGUUACUUAUGAUGGUGAUGAAGAAAAUAAAAACGAACAACGAACAUGUGAUGAAGUAAAUGAUGCAUCUGAGACUGAUGGAAGUGAUGAUGAUGAUAAUGAUGAUGAUUAUGAAGAAGAGAACAAAGAAGUAAAAAAGCGUAAAGGUAUAAAAUGUAAAACGAAACGAAAAUAUGCACCGGUUCCAAAAAAAGAAUGCCCACAUUGCCAUGUAUUAUACAGGAGAGAUUAUUUAAGUAUACAUGUGAGAAUUCACACUGGAGUUAUGCCACAUGUGUGUAAAAUAUGUGGGAAAGGAUUCAAAGUCAAAUCUUCUCUGACAAACCAUAUGUUAUACCACAACAACGAACGUAAUUUUCUCUGCACGUUUUGCGGCAGUGGUUUUCAUCUGAAAACGCAAUUAGAUAAUCAUAUUCGGAUGCACACCGAUGAACGUCCAUAUGUAUGCGAAACGUGUGGCAAAGCUUUUCGAACAACGACAGCACGAAGGAUACAUUAUACUGUGCACACAGGUGAAAAGAACUACGCCUGCGAAAAAUGUCCAAAGACAUUUUCCACUGCUCGGUCUUUGAGACAACAUAAAGUAGUACAUGCUGAAAUUAAGCCUUUUGAGUGCACGUUUUGUGGGAAACGAUUUCCGCACAGGCACGUGCUCAAAUCACAUCAAGCAAAGACUUGUCAGAGGAUUAAUUCGGCGUAAAAUGUUAUUUUUUAAAGUAUUAGGUACUACCUACGAUUUUGACUACGUAUGUAUUUUUAUUAUUAUUUUAUCGAUUGUAUGUUAUAUCUUAUAGCCCAGUCAUUUGGUAGUUUUGCUUGGAAAAUAGUGCGGGAUUGUUGAAAAUUGGUAUUCAUAUAGAUUUCGAGGUGCUCUUUACGAAUUUCAACUUUGCCACCUCGUAUCUUGUUCGCUCGAGCCACCAUCUUGGAAAAAUGGUGUCAAAAAACAGUUUUUUGACCAUAUCUCCUGUCCGACUCAUUUUACGAUAAAUAUAUCUAUAUAAUAAAUUAAACUAGAGAAAU